UUGAAGAUCCCAAGUCAGCGCCGGGGCUUCCAACAGCGGAUGAUAAGUCAACAUCGCCUUAAUGAAAUACCGGAUCGCAUAUCGCCAGUUGCAAUUCUUCCGGCGAAUCGAAUGAGCCUAUGCGAUCGUGAGUCUUACCUGAUGAAUUGAGCGCAGCGGGAUUGAUCGUGCCUUCCCCAAGUCCGUUCUGAGUCUGGGCAGAGUACAUUGCCGCCAACGGCACGAUGCAGCGACGAGAGGCCAGGCAGGGCGGUGAUAAGUCUGUCGCACAAUGGAGGUCGAUGGUUCAGCGCGGUUUGCGCCCAACGGGGUCGUGCUGGAGCGCUCAACUCUGCAUCAACAGAGCUGCUGUCCUGGAAUCAUCAAUCGAGUGAGCCAGCUUCGUCCUUCCCUUCUUUGCCUCCCUUCCCUCUAUCCUGCAGAUAAGCGAUGCGCGGGAAGGCGCGACCAGCCUUGCAGUUGCUGCAACAGAUGCAACAAUGCGGGAUUGGCAGGCGCAACGUGUACAGUGCGUAUGUUCGAAAUGCUGCAAGAAACUCGACAGAGGAGUGCAGUGCAGUACGAUGCAGACGCUUUGCUUGGGUCCUAUGGAAUGAACGGAUGGAUGGUCGGGAGGUGGCCUGCGCUGCCCCACGAAGAACCAGCGGGCGGCUCUCUAGCGCAAGAGCUUCGACCGCAGCCAGGGUGCCAGGACUGGACCGUACAGGACCGUACAGAACCGGAGACAGGACCAAACAGACCAGACGCAAGGAGGACGACGGCGAGGUCGAGGUCGAGGUCGAGCGCUCUCUGUCCGGGGAGGGCGAAGCGAAGAACCACAGAAGGGUUUCUCACGACUGCGGACAACGAUUGGCGAGCGGAACUGGCUGGCUGGCUGUCACGAAAGAAAGAUGGGGACGACGAUUGCGACUGGGACUGGAACCGCGACCGUAAACGGGGACUGGGAGACGUGCGACAGAAGAGGGCCGUGAUGAGCCUGACACCAGAGCUUGACCUUGAGCUUGAGCUUGAGCCUGCUGCUGCUGCUGCUGGGGACCCGAGUGAGGGGUGUUUCUAUGGUUCUGCGGUUGACUGGGCGCGGGUCGAGGAGACGAGCAAAUAAACUGUUAUGCUGCCGCUGGAUCUGAGCCGGAUAGGCUCUGCAGCCGAAUUGCCCUAGAACACCACUGUCGUCUGGUCUGCGCCGACGAGGAUGCGAGAUGCGACCGACGACGCUUGGAACUUGAAGAUGUUUUCUUCCUGCCGGGGGUCAUCGAUAUCGAUAUCGAUA